AAGUGUCUUCUGGUUUAUUGAAACUGGAACCGGAAAAUGAUAUUUGUAAAAAUAAAUACAUUUAUUCCAUCACAAACAAUAACAUGGAUUAAAUAGUGUUUAUUGUUUACAUUGAAUUAAUUUUGCUAUCAAUAUGCUCGGCUGUAUUUGGAUGUUCCUCAGCAUUAUUAAAUAAGGAAUCAUGUUAUUCUUCAAUCGAUAACAAUUAGCUGAACUAUGGUACCCACAGCUGGUUAACAAAACAUUCCGAUAUGCAGCAUUUGGGGUGUGCGUCGAAUAUUAUGACUGGAUAAAACCGAUAAUUUAUACAAGGAAGAAAAAUGUCGAGAUCGGGCAAAAUGUAUUCACGCAGAGCCGGGAGAUCUAGUCAUAACUUAGGGCACCUUGUCAAGAGUUCCAUAGCAUUUUUAUUUAUAUGCUUACCAUGCAUUUACUGUCAGGCAGAAAAAAUGUACAUCGACGUGACUACACUCAACCUACUCGUUGAAGAAACACAUUUAUUGAAACUUGUACAAAUCGGCGAAUACAACGUAACAUUAACAGUCACGCCGCAAAUACAGCACCCGGACAUAGUACAAUUCAUGCCGCCAUACAUUUCGAUACCGGGUUCAGAACAACCGAACCAAACGGUGGAGCUAGUAUAUGAUAUAUGCGCUUAUGGCAGGAGUCCAGGACAUUCAGAAGUGGCUUUUAAUGCUACGCCGAGCGGUAUUAUCAACCUAGAUUCAAUGUACAUGCGUAUAACAGUGAUGCACUCUAACGCCAUCUACGUGAUUUCUUACAUAAUGGGUUGGAUCUACUUCGUCGCUUGGUCGGUGUCAUUCUACCCGCAAAUUUAUAUCAAUUUUAGAAGGAAAAGCGUAGUGGGAUUGAAUUUUGAUUUCCUCGCACUGAAUCUCAUGGGCUUCACUAUGUAUUCGAUGUUCAAUUGUGCGCUGUUCUAUUCGAAGGUUAUACAGGAAGAAUAUUUCAGCCGUCACCCCCGUAGUUUGAACCCGGUGCAACUGAACGAUGUCUUCUUUUCCCUCCACGCUGUGUUCGCGACACUCAUCACUAUCAUUCAAUGCUGCAUUUAUGAGCGCGACCAACAACGCGUGUCUCUCACGGGGCGCGGCAUUCUUUCCGGUUUCGUAUGUGUGGUCAUCGUCACCUCCAGUCUGGCUGCGGCUGAUAUGAUCAAAUGGCUCGACUUUCUGUAUUACUGCAGCUAUAUCAAACUGUGCAUCACGCUUAUUAAGUACAUACCGCAGGCGUACAUGAACUACAAGCGCAAAUCAACCGUUGGCUGGAGUAUAGGCAACGUGUUCCUAGACUUCGUCGGCGGUUUCUUCUCCAUACUGCAAAUGACAUUAAACGCAUACAACUAUAAUGAUUGGAUUUCCUUCUUUGGUGAUGCGACGAAAUUCGGUCUUGGCCUCUUCAGUCUGGUGUUUGAUAUAUUCUUCAUAUUGCAACACUAUGUUUUCUACAGGGAGGCCCGCUACAUAUUACUACCAGGGACAUCAUACGCGGCAGAAGAUUUGGAAGAAAAUGACGAAGGGUACAAUGACCAAGAGUCAGAACCGUAUCAAGGAGCUCCGGCUUAGCAAAUGAGGCGUGUAACGAGAAAUAUACUGCUCUUGGUUAUUUCGACCAAUGAAGUUAAAAAACAAGGGAUAGUAAAAGAAAAGUGUAAGGAGAUGUGAACUUGAAUGGUUUGAUUGAAGUCCAGUUAUGUUCGAUUAGGUUCGCAUCCUUGUAAGGUUCCUUGAUAAAGUGAUUUGGUCAACGAGAAUCCUCUGUGUCUGGAUCGUGAUGGGUGAUGAUUGUGGGAGUCCUUGAGAUGGUGUAAUUUGGGAACCCUCUGUGUAUAGAAAGGAAUCCGUUGAUGAUAAUCAUUUGUAUUCAUUGACUUUGUUACUUGUUACGGAUGAUCUCGAUUUGAUUUUGGAUAUAGUAAUGUUCAAAGAGAAAGAAAGAAGCGGAAAGACAUAGCUGACAGAUGCCGCUCUAAAUGAAAGAAUGAAAUGAAAAUGGCUGCUAUAAAUGAAAGUGCCUAAACAGUUUAUAUGAGACAAAAAUAUGAAGAAAAGUGCUGAACUAAAACAUGAUAAAUUAUGUAGGUAUAUAAAAAGUGAAAUGACAAUAGUUACAUUAUGUGCUUCAUAUAAAUGUAUUUUGAAGAUUAACUGUGAUAGUGUAGUGACACGGAAAUGGAAAAGUUCGAGCGAAAAAAAACAAUUCAAAUGUGCUCAAAAUAUAGUAAUUAUAUAAAGG